CGGCGCUGGGUGUGCAAGAAAAGGGCGUCUGCAUUGGCGCCCGAAGCCAGUUGUGGAGCCCCUGCUCGGUCGUCGCACGUUGCUUUUCUGCAUUCCCCGAACAAACAACGCUGGUGACGAUGCCGCCGCUCAACCUUGGAGACCCAUUUCCCAACUUCACCUGCGACACGACCAUCGGCACCAUCAACUUUCACGAGUGGCUGGGUGACUCGUGGGGCAUCCUGUUCUCGCACCCAGCCGACUACACGCCAGUAUGCACCACGGAAUUGGCCAGGGCCGCCCAGCUUGCGCACGUCUUCGAGAAGAAGGGCGUAAAGAUAAUCGCCCUGUCCUGCGACAGCGUCGACAGCCACCACGGAUGGAUCAAGGACAUCGAGGCCUACGGCGAGCUGCCUGACGGGCCCUUCCCGUACCCCAUCAUCGCUGACGAGAAGCGCGAGAUCGCCGUCAAGUUGGGCAUGCUAGACCCUGUCGAGAAGGACAAGGAAGGACUGCCGCUGACCUGCCGCGCUGUUUUCAUCAUUGGCCCUGACAAGAAGAUGAAGCUGUCAAUGCUGUACCCAGCUACCACGGGACGGAACUUUGAUGAGGUUCUGCGGGCUACCGAUUCUCUGUUGGUGACUGAGACCCGGAAGGUGGCAACUCCAGCUGGUUGGCAGAAAGGGACCCCCUGCAUGGUGCUCCCCUCUGUCACCGACGAGGAGAUCCCCCAGUUGUUCCCGACGGGCAUCAAGCAGUACAAUGUGCCUUCCGGAAAGAAGUACCUGCGCACCACCAUGGACUGAACACGCAAUGAGCUGCUGCCUAUGAAACAAGCACCUUCUCUCCUCUAUCUCUUUUUUAUAUACACCCUGUUCGCUUCCCGUACGCAGAGUUCUCAGGCCAUUGACAGUUUGUAACGUGUCGUCUUCUGUCGUUCCCGACG